AAUAAGUCUGCUCCGUUUCUCAUGCAAAACCUUAGAAAAGCCCAUUGAGGUUGCAGCGGAGCAGCAGAGGUGAGAAAUGGCAGCGAUGUUGAACCCGCCGGGCAGUUUCAGCGUAACGCCGCACAAAGUGUCAUUGUGCAUGCUUCUCCAGAUCUACGCUCCUCCAGCUCAAAUCACGCUCCCUUUCCCCUUCCCCUUCUCCUCCGUCGCUCAGCACAACUGCCUCGGCAUGUUCUUGCUCGCACUCACCAAGAUAUUGAGGUUUCUGCUGAACUGAAAUUCAAGCACAGAGAGAAAACUGGAGAAGCUAGUUCAUUUGCACACCAUAUGAAAGAUACAUUGAGAGGUAUCGAUCCCAAUGGUGGGAUAUUCCUACGUACAAACUGGCAGAUACAAGGAUACUUAUGUGAGCAAGCUGAUGCCAUUGAGAAGCAUAGCAAGUCGUUUCCUUUAAAUGCCUUUGAAUCUAUUCUAAGGCAGCUUCAGAAACUGGCACCAGAAUUACAUCGUGUUCACUUCUUGCAUUACGUGAAUAACCUUUAUCAUAAUGAUUAUCCUGCUUCAUUGGAGAAUCUUCACUGCUACUUUGAUUAUAGUGCAGGGGCAGAAGGAUUUGAUUUUGUUCAACCUACUUCAUUUGCUAGCAAUAGUUUUGGAAGAUAUGAGAUUGCUUUGUUAUGUUUGGGAAUGAUGCAUUUUCACUUUGGGCAUCCUAAGCAGGCUUUAGAGGUUUUAACUGAAGCAGUUCGUGUUUCUCAACAGCAAAGUAAUGAUACUUGUCUUGCCUACACUUUAGCAGCUAUCUGCAACCUACUGUCUGCAAUUGGCAUCUCAAGCACAACUGGGAUUCUUGGAUCAUCAUAUGGACCUGUGACCAGUAUAGGAACUUCAUUGUCCAUACAGCAACAGUUGUUUGUGCUUCUGAGAAGGUCUUUGAAGAGAGCAGAUAGUUUAAAGUUAAAACGAUUAAUGGCUUCAAAUCGUCUUGCAAUGGCUAAAUUUGAUUUAACACAUGUGCAAAGACCGUUGCUGUCAUUUGGUCCCAAAGCUUCCAUGAAGCUUAAGACAUGCCCAGUUAAUGUUUGCAAGGAACUGCGGCUGAGUUCUCAUUUGAUUAGUGAAUUUGGCACUGACAGUUCUAUAAUGAUAACUGAUGGUGCCUUCAGUACAGCAUGGCUUAAGAAUUUACAAAAACCAAUGGGCUCAUUAGUUUUGUCUCUAGAGAAUGCAUCUGGAGCCAAUUCCAAUGCUUUCAAUUUCUGUGCACAGCCAAAUUCAAUUCCUGGAUCUGUAUUGCAAUUAUUGGGUUCUUCAUACCUUCUCUGGGCCACUGCAUGGGAGAUAUAUGGAAGUGCCCCUCUUGCUCGAAUCAAUGCACUGGUUUAUGCAACUUUCUUUGCCAAUGCUUCAAGCUCAGAAGAUGUUGCUUUAGCAUAUACAAUGCUUAUCCAACAUUUAGCAGUAUUUAAAGGACACAGAGAGGCCUUUGCUGCUCUUAAGCUAGUGGAGGAGAAGUUUUGUUCCAUCUCAAAGUCACGAAUCCUGUUACUAAAACUGCAGCUGCUCCAUGAGUGUGCUUUACACCUGGGACAUCUGAAACUAGCCCAACAAGUAUGCGAUGAACUUGGAGUUCUGGCAUCCUCUGUAACCGGUGUGGAUAUGGAACUGAAGACAGAAGCAAGCCUUUGCCAUGCUCAUACAUUGCUUGCAGCAAAUCAGUUUGGCCAGAAAUCAGGCAAUGCUGUUUUAGGCCUUCCGUAUGCAUUGGCUAGCCUUUCAUUUUGCCAGUCAUUUAACUUGGAUCUUCUCAAAGCAUCAGCCACUCUCACACUAGCUGAGUUGUGGCUCUUGCUUGGAUCAAACCAUGUAGAAAGGGCUUCAAUCCUUGUACAGGGGGCUCUUCCGAUGAUUCUUGGUCAUGGAGGUUUGGAGCUUCGUGCUCGGGCCUAUAUUGCUGAAGCAAAAUGCUAUUUAUCAAAUCCUAGUUUCUCAGUUUUUGAAAAUUCUGAGGUUGUGCUGGAUCCUUUAAGGCAAGCUACUGAAGAGCUUGAAGUUUUGGAGUAUCAUGAAUUGGCGGCUGAGGCUUUCCACUUGAUGGCCAUGGUAUUUGAUAAAUUGGGGCAGCUAGAAGAAAGGGAAGAAGCUGCAGCUUCAUUUAUGAAAUAUAUCAAGGCUCUCGAAAAUCCUCAGGACGAGCAAGAUCCUCUCUUCAAUAUCCACUGAAGAUUGCCAAAGCUGCACAUAUAUAUAUUAUAUAUAUAUAUAUAUAUAUAUAUAUAUACACACACACAUAUAUAGAUAUGUAAGAAAGUUGUAUCUUGAAUUACCCUUGAAUGUCUUGCCUUAAGCAUCCAAUAUGUUUCUCUUGGAAAGACCAUGUAAACUACUUGUAAAUUAUAGGGCAUUUUAUGUCUUAAUGUAAUCGUUCUUCAAUUGUUGUCACUUUUAUACUUGGCAUUUUUUGUUGAUAAAUUAGUGGAUGACAUAAUAUUAAAAAUUGAA